GUUGAAUGACGUAGAACAGCCCUCAGUCGUGCUUCAUACACGUGUGGGGCUAGUUUGUGGAUAGAUGGGAUUUUAGGGAAUCACAGUACCAAAAAGAGUCAAUAUUUGGAUCGAAAUUUCGAAAGGUCCUGCUAACUGUUUGCGUCGUUGACGUUCCUUUUAAAGAGGAGUCUUUGGUUGCGGAACAUUUCGGUACCAGAGCAACAAUGAUGAAGUACAUCCUAGUAACUGGAGGAGUCAUCUCAGGUAUCGGCAAGGGCAUCAUUGCAAGCAGUGUGGGCACGAUCCUCAAGUCAUGUGGCCUGCAUGUGACUGCAAUCAAGAUUGACCCUUACAUCAACAUAGAUGCGGGCACUUUUUCGCCCUACGAGCACGGUGAAGUAUUUGUGCUGGAUGAUGGGGGUGAGGUUGAUUUGGAUCUGGGGAACUAUGAACGCUUCCUCGACAUCCGGCUGACAAGAGACAACAACCUAACCACGGGCAAGAUCUACCAGUCAGUCAUCAACAAGGAGAGGAGGGGAGACUACUUGGGCAAGACUGUGCAGGUGGUGCCACACAUCACAGAUGCAAUCCAGGAAUGGGUUAUGAAACAGGCACAAGUGCCAGUUGAUGAUGACGAUAUAGAACCUCAAGUGUGUGUGAUUGAGCUGGGAGGGACUGUCGGAGACAUAGAGAGCAUGCCAUUCAUCGAGGCCUUCAGGCAGUUCCAGUUUAAAGUGAAGAGGGAGAAUUUCUGUAACAUUCAUGUCAGUUUGAUACCACAGCCCAGCGCAACAGGAGAGCAAAAGACCAAACCAACACAGAACAGUGUGAGAGAGCUGAGAGGCCUGGGCUUGUCUCCUGAUCUGAUCAUGUGCCGCUGUACAACUGCUCUGGAGAACUCUGUCAAGGAAAAGAUCUCAAUGUUCUGCCACGUGGAGCCUCAGCAGGUCAUCUGUGUGCACGAUGUGUCAUCUAUCUACAGAGUGCCAUUACUGCUGGAAGAUCAGGGUGUGGUGAGCUACUUGAGCAGGAGAUUGAAUAUGCCAAUAGAGACCAGACCAAGGAAGAUGCUGACUAAAUGGAAGGAGAUGUCUGACAGGUCGGACAGACUGCUAGAACACUGCUCUAUCGCACUGGUGGGGAAGUACACAAAGUUCUCAGACUCCUAUGCUUCUGUUAUAAAGGCUCUCGAACACUCUGCACUUGCCAUCAGCCACAAGUUGGAGGUUAAGUAUAUAGACUCUGCUAAUUUGGAGCCAAGCACUCUGCAGGAGGACCCAGUGAAAUACCAUGAGGCAUGGCAAAAACUCUGCAGCUCUGAUGGCAUCCUGGUUCCUGGAGGUUUUGGUGUGAGGGGAACUGAAGGAAAGAUUCAUGCCAUCAACUGGGCCAGGAAACAGAAAAAACCCUUCCUCGGUGUGUGUCUUGGAAUGCAGCUGGCUGUAUGUGAGUUUGCCAGGAACGUGCUCGGCUGGACAGAUGCCAACUCAACUGAAUUCGAUCCAGAAACGAAGCAUCCUGUGGUGAUUGAUAUGCCAGAACACAACCCCGGACAGAUGGGUGGCACCAUGCGGCUUGGGAAGAGACGGACCAUUUUCAAAACCACCAACAGCACACUGCGAAAGCUCUAUGGAGAUGCAGAAUAUGUGGAUGAAAGGCACAGACAUCGAUUUGAGGUCAACCCUGAGCUUAAGAGCCACUUUGAUGAGAAGGGUUUCCGCUUCGUAGGUCAGGAUGUGGAAGGAGAGAGGAUGGAGGUCAUUGAGCUUGACGAUCACCCAUAUUUUGUUGGUGUGCAGUAUCAUCCCGAGUUCACUUCACGCCCCAUCAAGCCGUCACCCCCCUACCUUGGUUUGUUGCUCGCUGCUGCUGGGAAGCUGCAGAGUUACUUACAGAAAGGCUGUCGUCUAUCUCCACGGGACACAUACAGCGAUCGGAGCGGCAGCAGCACACCAGACUCUGAGAUAUCAGAACUGAAACUUCCUUCACUCUCCAAUGAAUGACCCAUCUGUGGAAGAUAUUUUAACACAUUUCUUAAUUAAGUGUCCUACCAUCAGUUGUCUCAA